UGAUGAGUAGUCGUUCUAGUGGUCGUGCUGAUGAUAAUAACUUAAUAAUCUACCCAGUCAUGGGGUACGUACAGUUGUGGGAAAAGGGGAUUGUACGGUUGCAGGGAGAUGGGGUUACCUUGUUCUUUUUCACCUUGUCGUGUCGUCAGUUGUGGCGCUGUUCCUUAUGCUGACACAAAGAUGAUCACUACUUACCCAAGAACGUGCAAAAAAUCCUCUUACGCCUUGAACGAAGAUGUACCCAACCUUUUUACGCCUUGAAAACAUGAUGUGUUACCCACACAGUGACAGACAAAUCGCAAUUGAUGUGACCUCACACAGUGAUAGACGUAUCGCAGACGUAUCGCAAUUUGUGUCUUGAUAUUUGAUCGUUUGACGGUCGCGUGCUAAGCAAAACCGCGUGUUUAAAAGAAGAGGACACCAGUUGUCUAGUUACACGUGCUUGUUUUGUGGCAAGACCGCAAUAGCGAGGAAGAAAAGCACAACCUUCGUUUUGAGUGAAUCCGAGUAUCUGACGAUUGCAAAUGCAAAAAACAUGAAAUCAUAGGAUGCUUCGUGGAAAUACAAGCGAAGAAGAGAUUAGAGGAAGAGAGAGAGAGAGAGGGAGUGACUUCGGUCGAGCGGUUGUUGUUUCGUCAUGGUCGCAAUGAAUUCGUUUGAGAGAGAAAGCCAUAAUUUUCUUCCCACAAGACCCUCCUUUGACCUCCUUCCGAAAGCAUCUUUGUCGUCCCCGAUCGACCGUAUCACUAACUCCUAUGUAGUCUUCUUUCUAACUUUCUUGAUAUAUAAAUAUGGAAAAUUCAUUGUACAUCUUGUUCAUCCUAUCGUCCCACACUGCAACAACUUCUUAGCAGGUUCGUUUAGUGGAUAUCAAUUGAUCAAUUGUGAGGUCUAGAUUAAGAUUUCUUGUUUGUGGGAUACAAAAUUUGACCAUGGAUUCCACGCUAGCGAAGUCGGCGUCGACGCCGUCGCUGGCGGGAGCCACGACUAGGCUGCCGAAGCUCAACGUGAACGCGAUUCCAAACCUUCCGGGGACACAGAUCACUGACCGUCUGUCCAAGAGGCAUUUCCCGAGACAAAAUACGUGGUCCAUCAUCGGAGGAUGUCGGGUGGAGCGACCAAGAGCAGAGUACUUAUAUUAACCAUGGGCUUUGUUCUGGUGCUGAUUCUAAGUACCUGCAUUUUCAACAUUGAUUUUCAUUUCGCAUUUUGCUCGUCCUUUCAGUUACUUACUCACUCAUGCACUCCACUAACUAAUUCACCCACCCACCCACUCAAUUCAGGAAAACCGAGAGCCGCUCUCGCUUCUGCAAAGCACCCCGAUCGACAUCGGUGUACCGACAGGGGUCUCUUCCCUCCUCCACGACAAGAGACGUCUUCGCAGGAAAUGGCGUUCCCCUUGCAGACUCGGUCGAACUCCCCGCAUGGGAAGUCCUUGACAAGCACGUGUUACGAUUCUACGGCUACGGCAAAGAGGAGAUUGGUAUUAUGAGAACAAUAGAUACUAUUCACGAUCAAGAAGUAGCUAAGUGGAAUCUUUCCCGAACCAAAAACAUUAAUAGAUGACGAGGUUGAAUCAUGACAGCGACACGCACAUGACAAACCAAGAACACAGAGAAAGAUCUUCUAUCUACGAAGCAGCACAUAAAGAAAAUUUACCGGUUUAAAUUUUCCUUCGACUCUAUUCCCUUCAAACAGUCGCUAUCCUCAAUCACCACCAGCUGAGACGAACUUGGAGAACUAUCGCGUAAAGAAGUACAAAUUCUUGUACUAUUUGGAAGAUGAUACAGUGCAGAUCUCUAUGCCAGAACCCGAUAAUAGUGGAUGCGGCGUUUUCUCCGCUUUGGGAGGACAGGGAGAUAAGGGUAUUUUUGAAUUUUGUAUAGCCAGCUAUUUUGUACUCUAAAACUGAAAAUAACCGAGUAAGUGACUGAAAUAAGGGAGGUAGGUAGCUUUGACAGGGCUACUCUUCCUUGUUCAGGCUUAACUGUGCUUAUUUCAAGUACUUAAAUAGCUGGCUGUUUUACUUCAGUUCUGUUGAUAGCUCCUGUAGUACUUGCCUUUGUAGUAGUAUAGCAACGUGACGUUCCUAUUACGUCUUCACAUCAACUCUGACAAGAAAUCAUGUUGAUAUUAUUUCUGUCUGAGAAUAUAGAUAAUGCAUUUCUUUCCUAAAUCCUCCAGGUCUAUCCUCCAACAUGUUGAAGCGAGGGAAGUUGAUGAAAGCAGAUGGCAGUGGCUACGUGUCUCCAGCGGACUUCCGUAUUGGCGAAGAUUUCUCCUUCCUCGGACGCAAAGUCCGAAUAUACAACUGCGAUAAGUUCACAGAGUACUAACUAUUGAAUACUUAUACAAAAAUUGCGACAAGUUGUUCACAGAGUACAACUACUUUUGACUUAUCUGAAUGUUGAUGUACAACUGCGGGAGAUUUACUUGAUCAUCUGGACAUGAUUUGGAUUUGAUGCAGGUCAUGACUUGGACAUCACAGGAUAAAGGUACUACUUUAAGUCGCCUAUUGUUGAGAAUCAAUAAUAUUCAAAAUGGCUCUAUUUUAUUGCAGGGAGUAUUACGAGCGUUUGGGCAUGGCACAGAAUAUGGGAGCAGCUGAUAUGGGAGCAGCAGAAGCCGACGCAUUCGCAGAGACUCUCGCCAAGAAAAAUGUCGUCCCGAAAAAGCCGGAAAGAACGAACGAGAAGCUCUACUACGAGAACAUGCUCAACGGCGGGCACGUACUAUUCUUGAGUUUAUUUUGCCAGCAUGAACUCUCCUCAGGCUUCCCCAAUAAAAGAUGAGAACUUCCCCAGCAUUAUGAGAACUUCCCCAAUAAAAGAUGACUUCUCCAGAUGACUCAAAUCCAUCUCUUCGGAGCAACAAGAAUAUGUAGUAAACUGAAAUGAAUCUGCUCUCCAGAUUAACGAGAACUUCUUCCCCAAUGCACCAAAUAAAUAAACUAGAAUUGAUAACUUGCACACCCGUAGACACAUAGUUUACUGGGUAUAUCAUCAUCAUCAACUCAAACUUCCCCAAUGCACCAAAUAAAUAAACUAGAAUUGAUAACUUGCACACCCGUAGACACAUAGUUUACUGGGUAUAUCAUCAUCAUCAACUCAAACUUCCCCAAUGCACCAAAUAAACUAAAAUUAAUAACUCAAAUCCGUCCCUUCAUCAGAUCAACAAGAAUAUGCAACAGUUCAUGGAGAAGGAUAGGAAAGUCUGCCGCUUCUAUGCGAUUGUGGAUGACCUACUCACACCCCAAUACGAACGGCGUCCGUUUAUCAUCAUGUAUUUUCUGGCAGACGAUACCAUCCAGAUCAGGGAGCAAUACCCGCUCAACUCUGGUACUUACGACCACUUAAGAAUGGGCCACUAGGACGACUUAAGAUCAUUUUUAUUUACGCCUACUCUAUUUGGUUGAAGACAUAGAGAGAUUAAACAUCGAUAGUAGAACAAGAGUGAGAGUAUCACUUCCUUACAAAAUAAUAGGUCGCGACGGGUUCCCGAUCCUCUGCAAGCGUAUGCGAAUGCCCAAAGGAAAGAUGUCCCUUCGCGGACCCAUGGACUCUGCGUACUGUUUUCUUUUCUGUACAUUUACUUCAAAUACAGGGUUAGUACGGCUGUACGUUGAUUCAUUUAUACGGAGGUUGUCCCAUUGUAAUUAUCAUGGGAUGCAACAAUGUUUUAUUGAUAGUCGAAAACUACGCCGUUUUUGUUAAACAUUCUACUUUUCACUGUAGAGAAAGUGGUCGUUACUUAGACCACAAGGGACAGUGGUCGUUACUUGGUUUACUUACACCACUAGAGAAAGUGCUCGUAUUGCAUUAGUAGUGUCUAAACAUGAUUGAACAUUCUUUCUCGAGUCCUAGUGUCUUCACUUACAGUUACUCACAAUUCUUUGCUCCGCUCGCACAGAUACCAAGACGACGAGUACGUAAAUAUUGCCGAUUUUUCAAUCGGUCAGCGGUUGGAAAUGUAUAAUAUGAGCUUCUUCCUCUACGAUGCGGAUGGCUUCACCAGAGAAUACUUCGCAAAGGAUAUGCCACAACCUUUGUUAUGGUUCCCGUUUAUCCAUCUUUGUUUUACUUUUUCAGCGUGAUAUUUUACUUUGGCAGUAUCUUUUCUUUUGCUUUGGCUCUUAUCCAUCUUUUACUUUGGUAGUAUCCUUUUGUAGUUCUAAUAGAAGAAUUCUCACGAUCUCUUUGGUACUUAGCCUCCUUUUGUAGUUCCCAUAGACGAAUACAAGGCAUAAGGUACCGGGAUGAAGGGGUCAAGAUGAAUCCAAGCCCACUCUAAAUUUGGCCGAAAAGAUCGACGUCAGGCUUCCGGAGAAGGAUGUGCCGCGUGCUGUGACGCCACCGUACUGAUCUCAUUUGCAGAUCGUUGGACUUAGAAGUUGUUUGAAGAUGGUGAGAUCCUUGUAGUUUUUUGUUUUUGUGAUUGGUUGCUGUAUUUGUAGGUAGUUUAGACUUGAGUAGCCAUAAUUUUGGUUCGUCGCCUGAGAUGAUGGACACUGAAGACCGCGGAGUAGUAGGAAAAUUACUUUUUGCUUUCAAUUUCAUCCAACUGCAGAUACACUGGCUACGGUAGCUGGGACGAUAGUAUGGCAAGUGUUAUUUCUUUGAUCCCGAAGAAGCCGCGAAAGGAUCUGGCCAAGCUCUUCUUCAAUGAAGGCAAGACUCUCCGGUUCUCUGCCAAAUUUAGCGGCGAGGUGAACGAGGAAGACACCAUGCGACGGUUCUUGAUGACCUACAACCUCUUCGAUGAUACAAUUUAAGGCUACUUGUGACAGAGGUAGAUUCUUUCCCGGCGUUUUCAUAGUCGUGAAUCAAUGCUCACCUCCUUGAGGCGAGUCGCAGCUCCUAUCCUAUCCUAUCCUAAAAAGCAUCCUCCAUUGUGGUCCUUUCCCCAACAGAAUCUUGGUCUUCCUGUUCAUUGUGGAAGAAACGACAGGCGCACGAAGAUGCUCUACAAAAAUACAGACGUCCUCACAUAUGCAGACGUCCAUCAAAAGGUCGGGUAUAUCAUCAUUUCGUCUAGCUCAGCUCCUCUAAACCAAGCAGAUCCACGAGCCACCGCAGCGCAACCUCGGUAUUGUUACUGGUCGAUUCUUGGAGAAAGCAGUGCAUUUGAACCAAUUAACCGGCAAACUCUUCCGUCCAGACGACUUCCUACCGGGAAAGGAAAUGAAGGUGCUUCAUUUCUUGAUGAUAUUGAUAGAGAUGCAUUUACUACUGAACCUUGAACCUUGCAUUUACUACUUUUUGAUUGAGAAUCUGUAUAAUUUCAGAAGAUCAUCUUUCACUACUUAUUAACUUUAUUGAUUGUUGACACUUCUAAUCUGUAUACUUAUGUUGAUUGAGAAGAUUGUCUGUUAUGUAGUGUCUAUCAGCUUUAUGAUAGAAGCAACUUUUUCGGCAAAUGAAGUUGCUCAUCUGAAUGUUGACCCAUACGUUGACGAUUUUUUUUUUCGAAGAGGUGAUGUCGCACCAAUUCCUGAUGUUGAAUGAAACCUAGUCCAACUACAGGUGAUGUCGCAUCAAUUCCUUAUGUUGGAUAUGGACGAAUACACGCGAAACUAUUUCAAGUCGCUGGAGAACGGAGAAGAAAUUUACCGCAGCAACGUAAAUCUCAACAGCGUCCUGCGACAGCUUCGCGAGCAAAUGACAAACCAGUUCCCACAGGUACUUCAAAAAUAGCUUUAGGUAGACCCUAUUCAUUCACUCGGUUGGGAUGACUUUCCUUUUUGCUAUCGUGACGGCGAGGUCGACGCAUCUUGUCCUAUAUUGUCCUAUCCAUUCUUUUCAUAUCCUAUCGUAUCCUACAAAUUCCUGACCUCAGGUCCGCGAUGUCUUCCGACGUUUCGACGCCGAUCGCAACGGCGUACUGUGCUAUCAUGAGAUGGAGCGUGCGCUUCAGAAGUUUGGAUUCAUCGUACUACAAUCUUAUUUUUCAUCUUUGUAAUUUUAUGGCAUUUCAUCUUGAUAUUCUAAGGUUUGCAUGCUUAUUUCAAGAGCUCCAGUUGGAUCCCUUCCUAGGAUCCGUAGAUUGUUGAUGGUUUGAUUGGAUAAGGUUAGUUCUUUGUCCCAAUCAUUCUCCUGAAAAAUUUACAACAGCUAUCGCCAGAGGAAACGCUAUGCGUGAUGAAGCACUUUGAUGAACAGGGAACAGGACAGAUCGAUUAUCAACAAUUCUGCGAUAAAGUUUUGGACCCCGACUUCCACGGAGGGAAUCUUAUGGCGGUAAUCCCCAGACUACUUGUUUUGAUAUCUGAUGAAACCUUAUGUUAGAACUCUGCGUUAUACUGAAGAUAUUAGUACUCUGCGUUUUGACUGAAGAUACUGUUGUCUCUCCUCCUUGAAAACAAAUAUUUGAUGUACACACCACAUAGGACACAAAAACUCAAAAAAUGUCGCUUCCCGUCUCUUCUCUGUCGAAGCCGCUCCGGAUCGUUGUUGCAGAAGUGAAAAAAUGUCAUCUGUUGUUCUAGAGGAAUGCAAUUCUUUUUUGUCUGAGGUUCCGCGGACAGAACGACACUGUCCAUCCAACUAAUAGAAACCGGAAUUAUCUAAUGUAGAUCCUUCAAUCCCGACAACACUGCAAACAACUAUAAUAGAAGCCGGAAUUAUCUAAUGUAGGUCAUUCAAUCCUCACAUCAACACUGCAAACAACUGAUAGAAACCGGAGUUGGAGAUCAACGCUGGCGAGCUGGCUUCGUAUGCGGACGUCGCUGCGCAGAGAACGGUCGAACGUGCAGAGACGGAGAAGGUGCGCCGCGCCGUAAGGACGAUUGGCGACAUCUUUUUUACACGAGCAGAUAUGCGAAAGAGAUUGCUAGCAGAAUGGACCGAAAUGUCCCAAGCGCCACACAAGACCUGGGAUCAGAUCCGUCUCGGAUUCUUGAAACUCGGGUACUAUUUAGUAUAUGAGCUUCAUAAAUAGUACUUACUAUGAGUACUACAUAGAAACUCGGAUUCAUGAAACUCGGUUGAUAUGAUUUUCAUAAAUACUUACUAUGAGUUCCUUCGGGUACUAUAUUAGUUUUUACCUCUUCUAGAGUUUAGCCCUUACAACAAUAUACUAUGAUUUUCAUAAACUUACGCUUUCGCUUUAGGUUUAGCUCUGUAUAUCUUUUCCUUUUCUUCACUUACAAGAUGAUGUGGCAGCAACAUGAUUUAUAUCUCACUUUUUUUAACAUCAUUCUAUAAAAAACCUCACCAAGAAAUCUAGGCUUAUCCCCAUUUUAAUGAGCUGUGCUGCAAAUCUUGAUUGGCUUCUUCCCUUUAUAUAGGGUCGAGGUUUAGGUCCAGCGGCGCUCAAAGCACUAAAUAAAACAGUCGGUUCGUUUUUACCUCUAGUGUCUAGAUCCCGUGCAACAACCUCACCAUGAAAAACUACGACCAGAUACGUCUUCGAUCCCGAGGACGUUCAGCGGUGUAUCUUGUUCUGCUUGCCGGAUUGCGACUUGCAGAAAGUACCGGUUAUCGACUUCACGCACAAACUAAAGGUCUCCUAUCACGACAUGUACUUGAACCGAUAAACUGACGUGAAGUGGGAAGUUAGUUAGGAGUGAAGUUAGAGUAAGUACACAGACAACUUCUUAGAGACAACUUCUUGAAACUGACCACAUGGGAUAGAGUACACAGACAACUUCUUGAAAUGACCACAUGGGAAGUUAGUUAGUAUUAAAUAGGAAAGACUAGUACGACUAGUACAGUUGGGAGACUGUCUUCUAGAGGGACGAUGGCCUCCUGUGAGCAAGGAUGGAUUCCUAUAGUGCAAAUGUUUAGUGAUAAGUGAAUAUGACCUUUUCUUCGUUUGGAGGUACUACCACCGCAAUAGAAUUCAGAACUCGUAUCGUUGAAUCUUAUGAGCAUUGAAUCUUAGAAGUUUUGUGACAACAGACACUUUCGUACGGCCUUGGGUGAGACGCAGAACUUGACAUUUAAUCCGAAAUGGGGUUCCCUUUCGAAUAAUACAGAGCUGCGAACGACAGCAAUAGGAAGGGGCCCCACGUACUACGCGCAGAACUUUUGUGUCGCUGUUAUGUGACAUCAAGAACAUGUUGGGACACGUCGACAGUUGUACCAAGAACACUGACUACAUUUUGAUUUGACAAACUACUGUUACUAGACUUGAAAUGAUACACGACACCAGGUACCUACUGCUACUUCCGACAAAAAUAGACGACAGCUAGCUGAUAGAAUUGUAUUGUAUGAUCUCAUAGACUUCUGAGCAUGAGUAGAUCUUCAAGAAAAGCUGACACUAAAACGAUCGAUUUUGAAUGUAAAAAUCAUCUCUUACCACGAUUACGGACGCGCUAAAUACAAGUUUACCACAUCUUAUUUACUCACCUCAAUUUUAUAGAAUAGCAAUUUCAUGAUAAGAACAAUAAGCUAAGAAUGAAUUUGAAUAUUUGAACUAUGACAGCUGAGCAGAAAAAAUGAAAUAUUAUGUAUCUAUCGCAAGUAUCUGAAGAUCUUAUUAUCUAGCAAGAACAGGUAUAGGGAUUACGAAGAUUCACUAUUAUAGGGGAAUGAAAGAUAGAGAGGGUUGUACAGGUAUUGGCACAGAAUCUAAUUCUAGGAAAACAAGCAUGAUGAUCGUAUAUUAAGAAAGACUUAGACAACUGCUGUGCACGGUGAUAUUUCUUCAUCGUAAAAGUCGUGAGAACAAAAUGAACAGAAUGAUCAAUACUAGGACAAGGAAUUGGAAUAGCGCCACGUCUCACAGUAAAUGCACAGAAAUUUCUCAGUACAGACCGAUCGUGCUUCAAAUUUGAUAAGUAGUAGGUUGAGCCUAAGAAAGUGGCUCGACGAACGCCAUGUGG